AAUUCUACGAUGAAUAUUCGCACUCAAGCUUGGACUUCUCUAUCGGUGGACCCUCUGAGAUAGGUCAAGGUUUCGUCGACGAGCGUAGCGCCGAGGGGCUCCCUAGCUGGCUAUUAUCCGUGAUGGCCGCCUCUCAACCAGAGCUCGGAUAUGUCCCUACCGUAUCCAUGACUCAAACGGCAUCACAUGAUUGGGAUUCCGUGGAACUUUCUCACCUCCCAGUCGCAGGCCCUAGUGGCUUGUCCUACCAGCCGCAAUUUUCACAAACGCAUAUUGACUUACUAAUCCAAGAAGAGAGUGGUAACGCAGGUGCUUGGAAAUGGUCACAUACAGGAAUGGAGGUUAUUAACAACACCUUCCGUCGUCAGCUAUGGUUCAACAACAGAGAGGUCGAACCAAGACUUUCACAAGAAGAUCUCUUUGUCCAGAGCAGGCUAGUCAAGCUAAAAAGUCAGUCAAGAUUCAGCUGCCUUUUCGGGUACCACCAAAAUCGCUAUUAUUGUCGCAUCCCUCAUCAAACAGAGAAGGGGGAGACCUGCAAUGAGUCUUGGAAGAAGCCGAAGGAUGCCCUCGCCCAU